CAGAAGCCCUCCCCCGCAUAAAACUCCCCUGAAAAUCCUGGAUCACUCGAAUUAGGGUUCUAUAAAUUACCCUGUUUUCCUCCUAUUCUCUCUCACACACAAAACAAAACAAAACAACCUUUUCUCCUCAAAAUUCCCGUUUCCUUUCUCCUCCUUUCUUGCUUCCCCCAAUUUUAUUCCCAAUUUCCGUUUCAAAGAUCGUGAAUUCUAUCGCAAUUAUCCGUCGCCAUAAUCAUUGAAAACAGAAAUCAGCGUGAAUGUUUUAAUGGAGUCGAAAGGUGGGAAAAAGAAGUCCAGCAGUAGUAGUUCUAAUAAUAAUAAUAGGGUUAAUUACGAAGCUCCUCUUGGUUACAUCAUUGAAGACGUUCGACCUGACGGUGGUAUUCAAAAAUUCCGAUCUGCUGCUUACUCCAACUGCCAGAGGAAGCCAUCCUGAUAUUUCCGCAACUCCAGUAGCAUAGAUUUCGUUAUUUAAUUUUUAAUUCAGCAAUAAUUAGUCUACAAGAAGAAGUUUUAAAUUCCAAUUGUUAGCCAUGGCCAGUUCUCCAGAAAACGUUUCGGCAAUCGGAUUUGAGGGGUUUGAGAAACGUCUCGAGAUAACAUUCUCUGACCCAUCCAUGUUCAGUGACCCAGCCGGGUUAGGACUCCGAGCCUUAACCCGUUCCCAAAUCGACUCAAUCCUCGACGCAGCCGCAUGCACCAUCGUGUCUAAGCUGUCGAACUCGGUGUUCGACUCGUACGUGCUCUCCGAGUCGAGUUUGUUCGUCUACCCGAACAUGAUCAUCCUCAAGACAUGUGGGACCACCAAGCUGCUCCUUGCCAUUGACCCGAUUCUCAAACUCGCUGACUCGGUUGGACUCACUGUGUCAGGCGUGGUCUACUCGAGAGGGACGUUUAACUUUCCAACUGCUCAAUUGUCCCCACACAGAAGCUUCUCCGAGGAAGUUAGUUACUUGAAUGGGUACUUUGGUAAUUUGGCAUCUGGGUCCCAAGCCUAUGUUCUCGGUGAUCCGACGAACGAGAAUCGUUCCUGGCAUGUUUAUUCUGCGUCGGAUGUUGCUGAUGUGGAGGAUCGAACGGGUGUGGUUACUCUAGAGAUGUGCAUGACGGGGUUGAAGGAGGAAAAAGCGUCUGUUUUUUACAAAAAGGAGGGGCACUUGGCCAAGGAGAUGACGAAAGUCUCCGGGAUUAAUGACAUCAUCCCCAGUCACGUGAUCUGUGAUUUUGACUUUGACCCUUGUGGGUACUCCAUGAAUGGAAUCGACGGUGGGGCCUACUCGACCAUACACGUGACCCCCGAGGAUGGGUUUAGCUACGCUAGCUAUGAAGCCAUGGGGUUCGACCCUGACUCGGUCCAAUUCAAACCGGUAGUCCAGAGGGCGCUUAGGUGCUUUGAACCGAAGGAGUUCACGGUUGCUGUCACGUGCUUUGGAGAUGGUUCGGCACGUGAGUGGGUUAGUGUCGAUGGUGCUGAUGUGGAGGGCUUCACGUGUAAGAGUGCUGUGAGGCAGGUGCUGCCAGGUGGUGGAUUUGUGGUUUACAAGACUUAUGUAGUGGAGACACCAGUGAGGGAGGUGCACACACCUAUGUCUAUUUGGAAGGCGUUGGAAUCAGCUGAAGGCAGUGGUGAGAUGGUGGCUUGUGGUGGUGAAACAGCGGCUUAUGGUGGUGAUAUGUCGUCUCGCGGUGGUGGAAGUUUCAUGGGUUACAACUUUGUGCCACCCGUCUGAUUAUCCCCUGCUUAUUUUAAUUUAGGAAAUUUUGGUAUUUACUACCUUUAAAAUACACAACUUUUGUAUUUACUACCUUAUGAAAUUUUUAUUUUAAAUUACUACCUUAAACUUCUAAUUUUUUUUUAUUUACUACCACUUUACAGUUUUCUCAUUUUAAAAUUCAGAUAUCUCUUUCGUUUCUUAAUCGUUUAAAGUGAUUCAAAGUUCAUUAUUUUCCUUUUUCUAUAGGAAUUUCAUUGAGAACGUCAUUUCAAAAAAAUUCGUUUGAUAAUUCAUAAAUAUUUUAAAAUUUUACAAAUUAUAUUUAAUUUGUUUAAACUUUUACGAAAUGUUAGAAACGAAAGAGAUAUCUCAAUUUUAAAAUGAGAAAACUGUAAAAUGGUAGUGAAUACAAAAAAAAUGGAACUUUAAGGUAGUAAUUUAAAAUAAAUUUUUCAUAAGGUAGUAAAUACAAAAAUGGUGUAUUUUUAAGGUAGUAAAUACCAAAAAAUCCUUUAAUUUAUGUUAUGAAGUCAAUUUUAGUAAUGAUGGAGAAUAAAGGUUUUGGUCAUGGCUUAGUAGUAAGUUGUACUAAAUUCUAUCUAGAGUCUAGUCAAUUUCUAUGAAAUGUGAUUAUUAUUAUGAUUUAUGAAUAUGAUAUUUUGUUUAUAUGUA